AUGGCGGAGGACGAUGAAGAUAAUUUAUCUGCAUGUGCGACAUAUGCGAUGCUGUUUACGACAAAUGUGACGAAUUCAUCACAAAAAGGAGUUUGCAAUUAUCCUGGUUACGACGAAUACAACAUACUCCUCCAUAACGAAAGCGAAGAACAUAAUCUGAAGAUGAAGCUGGCUGAGAAAGAGCCUCAAGCAGAGGAUUGCGAGAGCAAGAAGAGAGAUCCACCAGUGGAUCUCUUUAACGAGAGAAAGAAGCAAUCUCUUGAAUGA